CUAUCCCCCGUAAGCUACAAUUGAUCUUCAUAAGGACCAGAAUCGCUCCUCACUCCUACAGAACAUCAUGACCACAAAGACUGUCCCAGUGCUCACCCUUGACGGGGCGCGCAUCGCCCUCUCUGCCGCGGAAGCGCGCGCCAAGGAAAUCAAAAUACCCAUGAACAUCGCAAUCAUGGACAACGCAUGUCAUCUCCUCGCAUUCGCACGCAUGGAAGGGGCCAAAUUUACAUCAAUCAACAUUGCAAUCGACAAAGCCUAUACAGCAGCAGGCCACCGCGCACCAACAAGCAUCUACAAGGAAAACGUUUGGCCUGGCGGCCCUGCCUUUGGAAUCAACAAUAGCAAUGGGGGCAGGUUUAUGACUAUUGCAGGUGGAGUGCCCAUUACGAAGGAUGGGGUAGUUGUAGGCGCUAUCGGGGUUAGCACAGGGACGCCAAGUCAGGAUGAGGAUGUUGCUAAGAGAGGGGUUGAGGCUGUUGAAAAGAGCUUUGGGACUAAGGCGAAGCUAUAGGCUGAUGAAAGAUUGAAUAAAGGGUGUUGGUAGAGAAUUCGGCGAGGAACCGCUUGGGCGACAACGUUCCAACCAAUACAUCAGUUCUAUCGCUUACUCUCCUUUUCGACCUCUUUCUCCUUCCGUACAUCCAGUCUCCUGACUUGGAUCAGAAUGUACCAACAUUGCCCUUCUCGACAAGUUGCUGUUUGGCUCGAUACUUACUCAGCCUCUAGCCCGGUAUCAUAUUCUUUGGCGAUGUACGACUGUUAUCGGGAGUUAGAUUCAUGUGCAUUAGAAAGUGACACACUGGGUAACAAACUGUAUGGAUACCAUCACAUUCAUAGGCCAUCAACUUAAGCGAUAGAUGUGAGCUGCAGUCGGAGCACUUGUGUAAUAUCUACAACACGUACA